AUGAUCACGACGCCCAUCGCGGCGGGGGACUGGCUCAUUGUCGCGCCGUCCCUGAUCACGAUGCUCGGCGGGGCGCUUUGCCUGAUGUUGCGCAAGCACACCGAUCUUCAGCCGAAGCUUGGCAUAACGCUGCUCGGCGCGCUCGUUCUGGCCAGCUUUGCAUUGCUGGUCCGGGUUCUGGACCACGGCGUCAUCACGAUGGUGAUGGGCAACUGGUUGCCGCCUUUCGGGAUCGCGGUGACCGCCGACACCCUUGGAGCCACCCUGACAUUCAUCGGCUCGGUUGUUGCCUUUUGUGCCGGUGUGUUCGGCAUGAAGACGGUCAGCAAUUCCGGACGCAGAUACGGGUUCUAUCCGUUCCUUUUGCUGCUCAUGACAGGGGUGUGCGGGUCCUUCCUGACAGCCGAUAUCUUCAACCUUUAUGUCUGGUUCGAGGUUCUGCUGAUUUCGUCCUACGGCCUGCUCAUUCUCGGCAAUGACCGGAUCCAGCUGGACGGAGCCGUGAAAUACGGUGUGCUCAACCUGGUCGGGACCAACCUGUUUCUGAUCGCAACGGGCCUGCUUUACGGUAUUUUCGGUACACUCAACAUGGCCGAUAUCGCCAUCAAGGUUGCCGAACUGGAAAACCCGGCCUCGGGAACACUUGCAACCGUUGCAGCGCUUUAUUUUCUUGCCUUUGCCAUGAAGGCGGCCGCCUUUCCCGUCAAUUUCUGGCUGCCGGCCUCCUAUCAUACGCCGAACAUCGUUGUGUCCGCCGUGUUUGCAGGACUGCUGACAAAGGUCGGUGUCUAUGCCCUGAUCAGGAUCUUUGUACUCAUCCUGCCUGCUUCACUCGGCUACAUGGCCGAUAUAUUCGGCCUGGUUGCCAUCGUUACGCUGAUGACCGGUGCGCUGGGCGCUCUGGCACAGACCGAGAUCAGGAGGUUGCUGGGGUAUCUGGUCAUCGCCGGGAUCGGAUCGAUGCUGGCGGGCGUUGCUGUUGCAUCCAACAGCGAGGUCGCCACCCUGGCCAUAUCGGGCGCAAUUUUCUAUGCGGUGCAUUCCAUCAUUGUGAUGACAGCGCUCUACAUGUCCGCCGGGAUCAUGAACAUGAUGGGUGGCUCCUACAAUCUCAGGAAGCUGGGAGGGCUCUAUCAGAAGAGCAUUGCGUUUGCGGGCGUGUUUCUGAUUUUGGCAUUUGCCGUGUCGGGCCUGCCGCCCUUUUCCGGCUUCUGGCCGAAGAUCAUGCUGGUCGACGCCGCUUUCAAAGAUGACCGGUUCUGGCUGGGAGCAGCCAUUCUUGUCAGCGGUUUCCUGACGACACUUGCCAUGGGGCGCAUCUGGAUUUUCGCUUUCUGGCGGGGCGGGCCGGAAGGCACGCCCGAUGGACAAAGCGUCGAGGUGUCCGGGUCAUCGCAAUCGGAUCUUGCAAGCGGUGCGAUCUGGCUGCCUCUGGGCAUUCUCACCGCACUUGUCGUCUAUUUCGGCAUUCAACCGGAAUGGAUGAUAGAAUUAUCGACGCAGGGUGCGAGCAGUGUCGUUGAUCCGUUCGGCUACAUUCGCUCAGUCUUUGGAGAGCAGGGAUGA